GUAUUCCCACAAUCCAUCAACCAGCCGCCCCUUAAUGACGAACCGGCUGUUCGAGAAUGGUCCUACCGCGACACCUCUGCUUUCUAUGAGUAUGCCAUGUACGCGGGCGGUCAGAAUGGUGAGCUAUGCAGUUGGGAUCUGAGGUUUCCCAAAGAACCGCUCCUGAAGCUUUCCGGUGAAAAAGGUGCUGUACAGCGACUGUGCGCUGUCGAACUGGAGGAUGGCCAUCGCGUUCUGUUGCUCGUUGGCCGGAGCGACGGUCGCGUUCAAGUGUUUUCGUACAAUCCACUUGUAGGAUCCUCGUUGACCAAGUUUGAAGACCAUUCGGAAUUGG